AUGACCGAUACCGCCUUUACCGCUUUGCAAUACCUGCCCAUGCCAGUCUUGGUUCUAUCUAGCGAGAAGACGGUCGUGCUUGCCAACGAGGCCUUGGGGAGACUGCUGGGCAUAGAUCUGCAACAACAGACUGGACCGGAAAGUGGCGAUAGCAACGAGCAAGAGGAUGUCAGGGGUGCCAGCGAUAUCCUGGGCGGAAUCCCCAUGGACAACCUUGGAAUGGACCUCCUCCAGAACGCGAAUCCUGUAUGGAUGCGUUGGGCAGACUUUCUCAAUACCAUCAAGCAAGACGCUGUCGAUGCUAGCGCCCAGGCAGAAACAAAGUCUGAUGGCGGGGACACCACGCCCACAGCAGAGAACUAUGAUGCCAUCAGCCUGCAGUCCAAGCCUGUGCCUCUGACCCGCGCCAACCUGGCUCGCACUACUGUACACGAUGCUGCUGUCGACGUCGUCUUCUCUACGAACCGCGACCCCAUUACAGGUCUUCCUCGCACCAAGGAGCUCAACCACGAUGCGUCGGGCCAUAUUCAGUCCACAGUCAUCAUCACCGUUUGGUCUGCCGAUGAUGUGGACUACUACACCUUGGUCUUUACCUCAGCAGCCGAGACUCAGUCUUCGUCUUCCCGCUCAAGCCACCGUACUGUUGCAAGGACCCACACUACCUUUUCCUCAGGCAUGGGAUCUGGAUCAAGCUCUAGUUCGAGCGGUCGUCGUACACAACAUCAACAUCGUACCAGCCUCUCCGGUAGCCCGUCUGUGUUUGCUCCUUCACUUUUGCCUACUGGGCCUCCUUCUCUAACUACUUCUGCUGCUGCGCCCUCUCUGUUUUCAAAGUCUAAUCGUCUGAAAGAUGCCCUGCUGAAUUCGCUGAGCGAUCCGGCUUUCGCCAUGUGGAAAGAUGAAUCUUUCGGUAUCCCCAACAAAGCUGCUGUGCGGAUGGUCUAUCCUGAUGACGAAGAAGGCGUCACGGGAGUUCGAGACCAGCGAGACUUCCUCUCGAAAUAUGUUCUCUGGAAGGAAGACUUUUCUGAACUGCUCCCGAUGAGCGAGUUUCCUAUCAUGCAUCUCAUGACAACAGAGAAGCGAUUCUCAAACAGACGUGUCGGCAUGCACCACCCCAGAUCUGGCGACAAGAUUAUAUACGACGUUGACGGCGAGACUAUUACUGACAGUAAGACUGGUGAAUUCCUCGGUGGUCUUGUCAUCUUCCAUAACGUUACUGAGUAUGCCAAUACCAUCACCGCUCAGAAGGUACAGAACGAGCGACAAUUUGAGGACAUAACCAACAUGAUACCGCAAAUGAUCUGGACAACCACACCGACCGGUCAGCAUGACUACUAUUCGAGAAGAUGGUACGAAUACACAGGCCUCUCCGUAGAUCAAAGUCUCGGCAACGGUUGGGAAAAUCCAUUCCAUCCAGAUGAUAUGGAGUUGACGGGAAAGAGAUGGGCACACAGUCUAGCGUCUGGCGAGGAAUACAGAACAGAAUACAGAUGCCAAUCCAAAGAUGGAGAUUGGCGCUGGAUGCUGGGUCGAGCAGUGCCCAUGAAGGACUCGUCUGGAAAGAUUGUCAAAUGGUUUGGUACUUGCACUGAUAUCCAUGAGUUGGUGCUUGCUCGAGAAGACGCUCGACAGAUGAGACUGCAGCUUCUGCAAGUCAUCGAAAUGGCCAAGAUUACGCUAUGGUCGGUGAACUCCGAUCGCAACCUGUCCAUGCUUGAGGGAGCUAUUGUAUGGAACGAUGACUCCAAGCACUCUGACGAAGAGAUCCGAAGAUACGCUAUCGGUAAGAAUGUUUUCGAGUUAUUUGACACAGCAGCCAUUCUGGAUGGUGGUCAUCACAAAGAGUACAUCGAGAACAUUCUGGCUGGCAGACAAAACGAUGAGACCUCUGAACUGCAUUUGAAAGAAGGCAAUACGUGGGUCCGCACAAGAUUUGUUCCUCUGCAACGCUUGGAGCGCAAUGCAGGUGUGGAGGGCGACGCUUUUGUGGAUGGUGUCGUCGCCGUCAGUAUGGACGUAACGGAUCUGAGAAAACGAGAGGAACAACUUCGAGAACGCGAUCGGGAAAACUCGCGUCUGUUAGCCCAGAGCGAGGCUGCGAAGGAAGCCAGCAAGAUGAAGUCGCAAUUCUUAGCCAAUAUGUCUCACGAGAUCCGCACACCCAUUGCCGGCGUCAUCGGCAUGUCUGAGCUUCUAUUGGACGAUACAGAAGGCACUCUGACCGAAGAGCAACGUGAGUGUGCUGAGAAUCUACAACGAUCGGCCAACGGCCUUCUUACUGUGAUCAACGACAUCCUUGACUUCUCCAAGGUGGAGAGUGGCCGACUUGACAUAGAGGAUGUCCAAUUCGACUUGAAUGUCGUUGUUCGCGAUGUCAACAAGAUGCUCACCUUUGCGGCCGAACGCAAAGGUCUCAUGUACAUCGACGAGACUCAAGAGCUCGAACGCCUAAAAGUCAUGGGUGACCCAGGCCGUCUGAGGCAGAUUUUGACUAAUCUUCUCACUAAUUCGAUCAAGUUUACCUCCGAAGGCAGCGUUAAGAUGCAGGUCAAGAUCAAAGAGGAAACUGCGGAGACCGUGGCUGUGCAAUUCAUGGUUGAAGACACUGGUAUAGGUAUCGAAGAAGAGGUCAGAAAGAGACUAUUCCAGCCUUUCUCACAAGCAGAUUCCAGUACGGCCAGGCGCUUUGGUGGAACUGGUCUUGGUCUGACCAUUAGCAAGAAUCUGGUUGAACUCAUGCACGGCGAGAUUUCGCUGGAAUCCUCAUUGGGACUUGGUACCAAAGCAUCAUUCUGGAUACCAUUCAACAAAGCACCGUAUCUCUCUGGAGAUUCACCUCCAUUAGACAUGGGUCCAAUUCCUCACCGACUGCAUUCUGAGCUUUCGAUGUCUGAGUACAGUGGAGCACAGCCUCCAGGCUCGCCAUUGAAACCAGGUAUUCGCCAACCAUCUGUAGACUCACGCAGAGCGUCUCCAGCUCAGCUCGAUCUACCACUUGGACUAUCAGACGAGGAGAGGCGGAAGACACAUGUUCUUGUUGUUGAAGACAACCCGAUCAACCAGCAGAUUGCCCUGAAGACCAUCAAAAAGCUCAAAUUCUCUGUCAAUGCCGUAUGGAACGGACAAGAAGCACUUGAUUAUCUCAGCAAACCAGAAACUCCAGAGCACCCGAGGCCUGAUAUUAUCCUGAUGGACGUACAAAUGCCCAUUCUGGAUGGCUACAAAGCAACAUACACAAUCCGUCAUUGCGAGCCGUUCAUCGCCGACGAACAGAUUCAAAACACGCCCAUCGUCGCAAUGACUGCAAGCGCAAUUCAAGGCGAUAGAGAGAAGUGCGAGAAGGCUGGAAUGAACGACUACCUGGCCAAGCCUGUGAAGGGUAAGACGCUGGAGCAAAUGCUACUGAAGUGGGCUGUCGAAAAGAAACGCAAGACAGCCUUGUCAUCCAACACACCCACCAACAAAUCUCCUGUGCCCACAAGCAUUCCUCAACCUCCACCCCAAUCUGGCCCCUCAAGAGAUAAUGUCCAGGAGGAGGCGCAACCAAAGAUGGACAUUCGACCCACCACAUCAGGCCAGAGAGCAACAGACGUUCUUUCGACAAAGCUCAACAAGCUGAACUUCCAGAAUGAUUCAGUAUUUGCACGAUCUGCCGAAACUGCAGAGAGUCGUUCGAUGGAUCGGUUGCGAAACGAAGAGAAGGCGAUGCAAUUGCGUGAUCAGCAGUUGUUUGCAAGCGCAGCUACACCCACAAAACUUUUGGGUAUACCAGGAGAGACGCCAGCACAAGACAACGUGACCGACGCUCGUCCCUCGAAACUCACGCGCGAGAACAUCGAGAAGUUGACUCGGAACGGACCUUUGGCCCACGUGAGCCAGCCAGAUGUGGAUACUUCAAGUCUAGAUGUCACGGUCGACAGCAUUGCCCAACGGCGAUCAGGGAGGCCCUCCAUUGGAGCUCGGAUGAAGUCCGAAGGUGAGAAGACAGUCUUGCCAGAGUGA